CAAGGAUUCAACGAGACUCUCGUUACGAGAGUGUCCUAUGCCCACGCCCCACUGUACCCUCACUCCACCUUCCCGCCGAGCUACUCUCCUAUGCUCCUCCUCGCAAGGCUGGCCAAACCCGGAUGCUGCUCUCCACCAACAUCUUCCCGUCUCGCCCAUGCCGCUCUCCGCCGCAACCGUCUCCACCUCCACCUCCACGCCGGCGACGCCCACAACCUGUUCGACGCGGCGCCCGCGCCGGACCACAGGCAGUGCAGCGCGCUGCUCAGGGCGCGCACCGCGAGCGGGGACCACGCCGGGUCCGCCUCCCUCCUCCGCGGCAUGCUCCGACAGAGCCUCCGCCCCGACAGGCUCGCGCUCGCCGCGGCGAUCAAGUCCGCCUCGUCCCUCCCGGACGGCGCCGCCCUCGGGAGUUGCCUCCACGGGUUCGCCGUCAGGGCCGGGCACGCCGCGGGCGCGGCGGUGGCCAAGGCCUUCAUGGACAUGUACGCGAGGCGCGGGGCUCUGGCCGACGCCCGCCGGGUGUUCGACGAAAUGGGCUGCCCCGACGCCGUGUGCUGGAACAUCCUCAUCACGGGUUCCUCCCGCGCCGGGCUGUCCGACUCUGUCUUCGGCCUCUUCCGGUCCAUGCUUGCGUGCGGCGCGGACGAGAGCAUGCCGACCGCGGUGACGGUGGCCGUUGUCAUCCCGGUGUGCGCGAAGCUGAGACAUCUGAGGGCCGGGAGGACUGUCCAUGGCUACGUCGUUAAGACCGGGCUGGAGUCCGAUACUCUCUGUGGGAACGCAUUAGUCUCCAUGUACGCAAAAUGCGGCGGUGGAAGCGGAAACACAGACGACGUCCGCAACGCGUUCUCUUCAAUUCGCUGCAAGGAUGUUGUUUCAUGGAACUCGAUCAUCGCAGGAUGCUCCGAGAACGGGUCGUUCGAGGAAGCGCUCACAUUAUUCGGCCAGAUGAUCUCAGAGGGCUACCUUCCGAAUUACUCAACGGUGGCUAAUAUUCUCCCUGUGUGCUCAUUCAUGGAGCGCGGCAGGCACUACGGCAGAGAGGUACACGGUUUCGUGUUCCGGUCUGGCUUACACACGGACGUAUCUGUUUGCAACGCGCUGAUGGCACACUACUCCAAGGUGUGUGAAAUGGGGGUCGUGGAAUCAAUAUUCAGAAGUAUGGGUUCAAGAGAUAUAGUUACGUGGAACACAAUGAUGGCUGGGUAUGCGAUGAACGGGUAUCACUCUAGGGUGCUAGGACUGUUCCGUAGGCUUCUGUCAACAGGAAUGGCCCCCGAUUCAGUUUCAUUCAUCAGCCUGCUCACUGCUUGUGCUCAGGGAGGUGAUGUGAGAGGAGGGAUGGGGGUUCAUGGCUAUAUUUUUCGACGUCCAACGCUUCAUCAGGAAACAUCCUUAAUGAAUGCUCUUGUUAGUUUUUAUAGCCAGUGUGACAGGCUUGAUGAGGCUCUUAAUUCUUUUGACGAUAUUUUGGACAAGGAUUCUGUAUCGUGGAAUGCAAUUCUAUCAGCCUGUGCUAACAGAGGACACCAUAUUGAGGAGUUCGUCAGGCUCUUCAGUCAAAUGUGCCGCAAGGUAACUCGUUGGGACUCGAUCACGAUCUUGAAUGUUAUCCGUGUGAGUACCUCCUGUGGGAUCAAGAUGGUUCGGGAAGCUCAUGGAUGUUCCUUGCGAGUUGGUUAUAUUGGUGAUAUUUCUGUUGCAAACGCUAUUAUUGAUGCAUACGCAAAGUGUGGCCACCCACAGGAUGCAGAUAUGCUUUUCAGAAACCUUGCAGGUCGGAACAUUGUAACAGACAAUACUAUGAUUUCCUGCUACCUGAAAAGUAACAGCGUAGAGGAAGCUGAGAUAAUCUUCCGCCAGAUGUCUGAGAAAGAUCAGACAACAUGGAAUCUCAUGAUCCAGCUGUAUGCACGUAAUAACAUGUGCGAUCAAGCUUUCAGUCUGUUUCAUCAGUUGCAGUGUCCUGAUGCUGUCAGCAUUACAAAUAUUCUCCUAGCUUGCAUCCAGUUGAGUUCAGUACAGCUUGUGAGAGAAUGUCAUGGCUACAUGCUCAGAGCAUCCCUAGAAGACAUUCAUCUUGAAGGAGCUCUUCUUGACGCGUACUCGAAGUGCGGGAAUAUAGCCAAUGCAUUCAACCUAUUUCAAAUCAGCCCUAACAAGGACAUUGUCACAUUCACUGCCAUGAUAGGAGGUUAUGCAAUGCAUGGAAUGGCAGAAGAGGCAGUAGAGCUGUUUUCUGAUAUGCUUACACUUGGCAUCAAACCAGACCAUGUAGUUCUAACUGCUCUGCUGUCAGCCUGCAGUCAUGCUGGGCUUGUUGAUGCAGGAAUCAAGAUUUUCAAGUUCGCCAGAGAGACUUACAGAUUUGAACCGACAGCAGAGAACUACACAUGCAUGGUUGAUCUUCUUGCCCGUGGUGGGCGUCUCCAAGAUGCAUACAGUUUUGCGUUGGAUAUUCCCCCUCACUUGGUCAAUGCCAAUGCAUGGGGCUCUCUGCUAGGUGCGUGCAAUGUCCAUGGAGAGGUCAGAAUCGGCCAGCUCGCAGCUGAUCAGUUGUUCUCCAUGGAGGGUGGGGACAUGGGGAACUAUAUUAGCGUGUCAAACAUCUAUGCAGCUGAUGAGAAAUGGGACGGUGUUGAGCAUGUCAGGAAACUGUUGACGUCCAAGGAUAUGAAGAAGCCUGCAGGAUGCAGCCAGGCACUUGUAUAUAGCCAGUAAUGUUAAACACAAAGAUUUGAGGUAAAUAAGUAACAUGCUGCCAUCCACCGGAUCACAGCAUGCAUCUUGUAACUGAAGCAGGAGGAAAUUAAAUCAUGUGCUAUCUCCAUUGGAACUCUCUUUUUGGUUUUCUACAAAACCAGGUUCAGUAACAUUUCAUUUUAUUCAUGCCUUUCAUCACAAAUGCUGUUUGUUUUUGGCAUCUUGUUAAUAUUUUAAUUAUGAUACUGAAGUAGUAUGAGACAAGGGUUCCUGCUGAUUUACCUUAGCUCCAGAGAAAGCUCAACUAUGUAUUUCUUUUGGUGUGAGUCGUGAGAAAGCGUUCUUGUUCAUCUGGCUGCGUCCUUAUCCUUAAUACCUGUACCUAAAUCCUGCACGCCUUACAGAUCUACAUUUCCGAAUUCCGAUAAUCAUUACUUUUGUAAAUCAGUAAAAUUGUCAUGGCCAUCAUGUCAGACAAUGGCAUUAUUUUCUUGAUAGUUCUAACUGUUCCUAGUAUACAACUCUUACGUGACAAGAUAUAAUAUCUCUCUACUCAAACUAAUAGACUAAGGAGCCCAAUGUGACCAAGGUCCUGAAAGAAAAAAACUUUGCUCCUU